UCUUUGCCGUCGACUGACCAAGAACAGAAUACGCAUCAACGUUCGCCAGCGGCAUCGAAAGCAGCUUACCUUGAAUAAACAAGUAAAGGUAAAAUGUUUAUAAAACGUGUCUGGUCAUACCAUUUACAAAAUCUGAAAGUAGCAUUUUAGUCUUAAGAACAGUUCCAAAAGUUAUCAAUAAUAUUUAAGUGUAAUUAUCACGUUUAAAAGUUUUCAACAUUUUACGCAAAGUGAGCUCAGCGUAAAUGACCCAGUUUUAAUGCACCAGCAGCAUCAAGUCGUUUAGAAAUUAAUUCGAAAAGACGCACGAACGGGAGGAGAAUUUGCGUUCGCCGCAAAACCCACAAAGGAAAGUGAACUUUCUAGAUCUUACAUAGUUUUAAUUGUCUUUUGCCGGCGCGUGGUAAUUUAGCGGCCACCCGACGAAAACGACGAAAAACCACCACCCAAAUGAAGUGGCUUUCCGAACAAGCGAGGUGAGAAAAACACGAUGCCAAACAAACCGCCGACCUGGAUGUGUACCUUUCAACGCGAAGAAAUGAGAUAAACGCCCGUCAUAAAGUUGAGCAACGACGGUGUUAAUCACUUUAUAUUGUGUCUAAGAAGUUCAGUAAUAAACCUACGGGAAAAACCUUCAGUGGCGUAGUAGCGUAAAAUUAACGCACCUCGACAAAGAGAGAAGAGCGAAGAAAAACUUACAUGCUUGCACCUUUAGUAGACCAAGGAGUUGGUAUUCAGAGCAAAGUUUCGUGUUUAAAACAUAAUAUAUUUGCCACGAAGGAAGCCGGGUGCGAAAAGUGUGAAGCGUGUGAAGGUUCAGACUUUGUAACACACCACAUUUUCUUAUUAAUUAUUCGACGCAAAGGAAAAUUAUGAAUUUUUUACGAGGACUUAAAUUAUGAACGCUUUGCCACGCACAAGAGUUGCAUAAAUAUUUUCUACUAAAAUCAACCUAAGGAAGCUAAAAUUCAAGAGUACCACGAGCAACAAAACAAGCACACAAAAUGUCGAAACACAUUCUUAUCUCAAUUGCAAUUCUUGUCAUCUCAACCACAAUAAACGGGGAAUAUAUCCCACCAGGACCUAAAUACAGGUGUCCCACGUCGACUCUUCUGUUGCACCCUUGCGUGUGUGACAGCGAAUCAGAUAUUGGCAUCACGGUACGCUGCGAAAACACCAAUUUGGCGACGAUGAGCAUCGGGCUGAAUAAUUUGGCAACGUUCAAAUUGCCUAUCGAACGGCUCACGAUAAGCAGGUGUCAUAUUAGGCGAUUAUUUGGUAGUUUACUGUAUAAAUUAAAACUGAGAACACUACGGAUAGAAAACACGCCGCUGGAAAAAAUUGAAGAACAUACUUUCCUGGGAGUUAAUUUAACAUUAAAUGAGUUGGAAAUUAUAAAUACAACAUUGUUGGAGUAUCCUACAGAUGCUUUUAAAAUUUUAGGAAACUUAACGCUAUUAAAGUUAGAUAAUCAUCAAAUAUCAGAGUUACCUAAAAAUGCGUUUUUUGAGACGGAAAUGGCUGGACGCCUUCUAAAUUUUUAUCUGACAAACGGAAAUUUGUCAACGUUGCAUCCUGAAAGCGUGUUACCGUUAAGGAAAUUGCGAGUUUUAGACUUGCAUGGAAACCAACUGAAAGAUUUGAAACGAAAUCAAUUUAAAGGUCUCAGAGAAACGGAAAUUUUGGAUCUGAGUCAUAAUAAUAUUGCUAAAUUGGAUGCAAGUCAUCUUGGCGACUUAACUAAAUUGGGAUGGUGCAAUGUUUCACACAAUCAACUUACUGAAUUAAGCAGAGGUGCAUUUGCACGAAAUUCAGUUCUGAAACUUCUCAAUAUGUCAAAUAAUAGGAUCAAAAAGUUAGACUCAAAUUCUUUCAGAGGAAUGCGAUUUUUGCGACGUCUGUUUUUAAGUGAUAACGAAAUAGUAGACAUUGGCAGAGGGACUUUUACAACUAUGAGACGUAUCGGAACAAUAGAUCUAGCUCACAAUAAACUGAAAAAAAUCGAUUAUCAGAUGUUUUUCGAACUAAAUUAUAUUGAAGUGAUUGAUGUUUCUAAUAAUCUAGUGGAAGAAAUUCAAAAAUCUGCUUUUAAAGAUCUGUUCCUUACUGAAAUCAUUCUUACUAAUAAUGUAAUAAGUAAAAUAGAAAAUGGGGCAUUUAUCAACUGUGCCAAUAUGACUAUUUUAGACUUGUCACACAACAAAAUCGCAAGCAUUCCAAGAAAAGCUUUUGAUGAAACUACAUAUGCUACCAAUUUGAAAGUAACACAUAACUUGUUUACCUCAUUGAAUGAAGUACCACUGGCAAAUAUGACUGGAAUCAAAGUGCUUAAUGUGUCUUACAAUCAAAUUACAUCGGUACCAAGACACACAUUCCCAAAAUUGUACGAAUUGCAUACGAUUGACUUAAGCCACAAUAACUUAUCAGACAUUUACAAUGCUGUCUUUCAAACGUUGUUUUCGUUGAGAAUUUUAGACUUGUCCCACAAUAAUUUGCAAGUUUUAAAACCUAGUACCUUUGGUCCAUUGCCAACUUUAUUGGAACUAGAUUUAAGCCACAAUGGUCUUAGAGAUAUGGCGAAGGGGACAUUAACUCGUCUUGCUGGAAUGCGAAAACUUAUUCUAAAUAACAAUGAAUUGUCAACCAUGUUUACAUUGCCAAUAUCUGUGGGCCACCUGGAUUUAAGCUACAAUAACUUUGAAGAACUACCGGUUAAGCAAUGGCCAAGCAUGAAUUCACUUCUCUCAUUAAACAUGAGCCAUAAUCAACUUGGGGAUAAUCUCCAAAAAGGAAGCCUCGCAAAUUUGCUUACUCUACAACGUCUCGACUUGAGUUAUAAUCAAAUCACCAAACCCCCAUGGGCUGCAUUGAGUGACUUGACAUCGUUACAGUACUUAUACAUGCAGGGCAACGAGCUGACAAAGUUGGAGAAAGGCGCGUUCGGGCGGAUGCCCGUCGUCUUCCAGCUUAACCUUGCUGACAAUAAGCUGGAAACGAUCGCUAAUCUUGCCUUCGACGGACUGUUGCAGCUGAUUGUUUUGGAUUUAAAGCGGAAUAAUAUUUCAAAUAUACCGGUAGAAGCAUUGAAAGGUCUUGUUUCAUUGAGAAAAUUAGAUUUAUCAUUCAAUCGUAUUGAGAAACUUGAUAACAAAACGCAUGGAUUACUAGAAGAUUGUUUGUCUUUGGAACAAUUGGAUAUGAGCCAUAAUAAAGUCAGUUUCGUUUCGCGGAAAAUGUUCCCAAGUAACCCAUACUUCCCGUACAGAUUGAAAGAUAUCGAUUUAUCGUACAAUGCGAUGCCAGUUCUCACGUACGACAUAGUCUUCGGCACUCAACAAGUGGAAAAACUCAAUUUGUCGCACAACGCCAUCGCUGACAUUCGCCGAGGUGUAUUAGGCAAUAUGACAAAAUUGCGCGUGCUGGACUUGUCCUUCAAUAAUCUGGAAGACAUUACUAGCGAACCGGAAGCCUUUCGCUUGCCGGUAAAUGUGUCCGAAGUGUACCUGAGCAAUAACCAACUUGAGCAUCUACCGUGGCGUCAUUUAAGGAACGUCACGCAACUGAAUGUGCUUGACGUGAGCGGCAAUCGAUUGAAGGAAUUCGAUCAGAACCUCACUGAGCUCAUGGUGGGCAAUGUGACUACUGUGUAUAACGUCGGCAAUCCACUGCAGUGCGAUUGCUUCCUGCGCCCGCUAAAACGUCACAUGGAUCGGACCCUCGACUUAAGCAACAACUACAAGGACUUACAAUGCACAGGUCCGCCCUAUUUGGAAGGAAAGUUUUUGUUUCAACUCAGCGAAGAUCGUUUGAACUGUCCGAUCAAUGUGAAUACCAGUUUGUUGUUGGACAAUCACGAGGAGAUGUAUGAUAUUACGCCUGAUUUAAGAUUUAGAGAAGUUACAAGCAAAAAAGGUGUGAUUAAAAUUAAAUGGCUUAUAGUAAAAAAUGAUGACAUAGCAGAUCCCUACAUCCUAGUCCGAUCAUCAAAACGUCCCCAAGAAAUAUUAUACCAAAAAACAGUGCCGUAUAUACAGCGCAGUUUGGAAAUUUCUGUAAGUGAACUACAAGCAAAAAUACCUAGAGCAGGUAGCGGUGCUUCGAAUACUAAUGAUAAUUCGACCGGAAAUGCGCAAGACGAUUACGAGGUGUGCGUCUUGGCGAGAGACAGCCGCACAGCGGUGAGAAGUUUAAACAAGCAGCAGUGCCGUGCGUUGCCCAACAUUGUCACCUCAUCGGGCAGUCAACUUUCUCAGCGCUAUUAUUCUGUGAUAAUUGUCGUUGUUAUAAAUGUUUUCCUGACAUUAUUUAAUUAUCGUUGUUGAGAUUUAAAAUAUUAUUUAGAUCACGCAUGAAAUUGCUUAUUAACAAGUUGUAUAACAAUUUUAAGCUGAUAUCACUGUAUAUUUAACUUAAUUUUUGUAAUUAGCUAUUACGAACUCAAUUGAACCAAAGGAAUAUUAAAUAAAUGUGAUUUGAUUGAA